AUGUCUUCCGAGAAGCCUAUUGUUGCGGUUACCGGUGGUACCGGUGGCCAGGGCGGCUCUGUCAUUGAUGCCUUGCUCGAGUCAGGACAUUACAGAGUUCGCGCCGUCCUUCGUAAUUUGACGCCGGCCAAAACCAAGCCUCUGUCUGACCGAGGCGUUGAGAUUGUUCAGGGCGACCUCGAAGAUAAAGCAAGUUUGGUGAAGGCCUUCAGAGGAGCAAAUGUUAUCUUUGCCAUGACCGAUUUCUUCGAGCCAUUCGUGAAAUAUGGUCCACAGGAGGCAGAGAAGCGUGAGCUAGCCCAGGCAAAGAACCUGUCCGAAGCCGCCGCAGAGACCAGUGGGUUGUCCCACUACGUCUGGUCUACCCUUCCAUCGUCAGCCAUAUUGUCGAAAGGGAAAUACCACACACCGCACUUUGAAUCAAAGGCCAGUGUUGAUGAGUAUAUUUUGAAGCAAUUUCCUGAGCUCACCAAGACUACUUUUCUCUGGAUUGCAUACUACGCAAACAACCUAACAUUCCCACCUUUCACCCCCAAUCUGCUCAAAACUAGUGGCAAACAGCCAGCGCUUACUCGCGGAAGUUAUGUUCUUGCAGAGGUGGAAACACUUACCAACGGCGAACUGCUCGAGCGCUGGGGAAAGGUCACCGGCAACUCAACGGUUUACAUCCCAGGUACACUAGAGGCUUACAACGAGCUGUUUCCUGCCUGGGGCUUGGAGAUGGGUGUGAUGCUGCAAUUCUGGGAAGCAGUUGGGGAUGCCUCGUGGAGCAGACCAGGAGCCACGCUUCUGCGCAAGCAGGACCUGGGCAUUGAUACUGCACGUUUUACCGGGUUAGACGCUGCCUGGGCGCAAAUUGAUUGGAAAAAGUUGUAA